GCGGGGAGGCCGCCGCCGGGCGUGCGGGGGGUGCCCGGGGCCCAGCGGAGCCCCGCGCCUCCCCCGGAACGGUGCCGGGCAGGGCGGCCCCGCCGGCUGCAGGAUCGCUGUGGCCCGUUCCCAGUGGGCGGCUGUGGUCGGGGAGCUGCUGCAGCCCGCCGCGCUGGAGCGGUGUGUGUGUGUGUGUCUGUGUCUGUGUGUGUCCCAGGAGCUGCGUCUUUCGCUUGAGCUCGCCUCGGCGUUCCGACGAGGUUGAUCCCCGCGGCCGCAGCUGAGCGGUCGGCCCGGAUCCCGCAGCAGGUGCUCCGAGGCGCUGCUGAGGACGGGCCCGGAGCGGCCUCCCCGCUCGCUGUCCGCGCUCUGGGCAGCAGCGGAGCUGGUAAUCCGGAAGCAGCGGUGCUGUCCUUCGCCGGUUUCCCAAAUGCUUUCCUAAAAAUGUGUGCGUGUUGAGUGGUACUCAUCGCAUCCUGCCUUCACCUGUGGGCAGGUGGAUGACCGCACGAGACACGGAGCUCUGGAGAGAGACACACUGCAUGUGGGUCGUGCAGGAGGUGACAGGGAUCUGCGACCACAGAACAGAGCAGUCUUCAGAUCAGUGGUUCACAAAUAGACAUGCUGUGCGUUGUGUGCAAGUUCUCCGUCUUCACACAAUCACAGAAUGGCCCAGGUUGGAAGGGACCACAAGGAUCAUGAAUCUUCAACCCUCCUGCCACACUCAGGGCCACCAACCUCCACAUUUAACACUAGACCAGGCUGCCUAGGGAUUGUCUUCACAGAUCUCGUUUCCCUAUUCAUAAAAUAAGAAAUGGACACUCAUCCACUUACUGAACAAAGCGUCAUUCUGUUUGACAUAUCUCCUCUCCACAGAGCUUGGGACACAGAAAUGUGGUUUUCCUAUCUCCUGUCUGCCAGAUGUGUGCCAAGAAACUGGGCUGAGAUGGGUGAAGCCUGCAGACCCUUUGCUGACUGCAGUACUUCUUCCAGUCUGCGGUUUACUGUACUCUGCUGUUUGUACUGAGUACUAUUUAAUAGUUUUCCUUAAGGGAAAUGGACGGGAUGAUGGGAUAGACUUCGAUCCAUUUUUAAACUGGACUUUGUGUUUUAAAUAGCUUUUUUUCCUCUCUUACUAAUUAGUCUGUUAAUUCUAUAAUUUGUAGGUCUUUCAGAACAUCAAAGGGAACUUGGUUUUCCUAGACAAUGUGGUUAGUAAUGGCCUAAUUCAGCAUUUCUUGUUGAAGUUUCAUGGUAAGCUAUGGCUUACUGUAGCUACUAUACCAUCAUUUUCUAUGCCAUAGCUUCGGAGACUAAAUAAAGAAUUUUGGAAAUAUUGACAAUUAUUUGGAAUAUUGACAAUUAGCUGUCCCUUUGUACAUAUUACUUGUGAGACCACACCUUGGAUGUUGUGUUUGGUCCUACAGAAGGGACACUGAGUUGCUCAAGUGUGCGCAGAGAGUAGUGAGGAAGGGAUGAGAAAACAAGACCAACAAGGAGCAGCAAAACGAACUGGGGCUGUUUAAAUCUGAAGACUUCACAGCCCCCUACAGCUGUCUGAAAGGAGGUCACAGUGAGGAGGGUGCUGGUCUCAUUCCUUGGGUGACAAAUGAUAGGGCAUGAGUCAGUGACCUCAGGUUGCACCAGGGGAGGGUUAGACUGCGUAUCAGGAAGAAUGUCUUCAAAGAUAGAGUGGCCAGGCAUUAGAAAAGACUGCCCAGGGAGGUGCAGGAGUCCCCAUCCCUGGAGGUAUUUAAGAGAUGAGUGGACGUGACACUGAGGGUCCUGGUUUGGGAUUCAAUAAGUCAGGCUGAUGACUGGACUUGAUGACUUCGAAGGUCUUUUCCAACAUAGAUGUUUUUAUGAUUCAAAUCACCUGGGAGCAUUAGGGUCUUCUUCGUAUGGGCUGGUCAGAAUCAUUGAGGUUGUUCUCAACUGUUUGCUCAGUGAGGCCCAAACUAUGCCCUGACAUUCUUCGCACACUAGAAACUAUUUGUUUUUCUCCAUAUUUUCAUUUAACUUAGCAUAUUACUUGCCUACAUUUAACCACAGAUUGCUACAUUAUACAUUUAUGAUUGUCUUUUUUUUUUUCCCCUGAUAAAGGAGUCUACCCUAUUUAAAUAUACCAAAUCUUGCAUGCAUAGAGGACUACAUGACUACCUUUUUCUGACCUAGUUGUCACCCUUGAAAAAACACUGAAUCCUUAGGAAAAUGGUCUAAAAAUAUCUGGAAGGGGAUUAAGUGGUUCAACAAGUAACGCUCUGAUGGACGACAGAGAAUUUCCACCAAAUGAUCUACAAAUAGACUCAAAGGACAGUCUUCCUGCUGACUAUAGGGUUGAAUGUUUGACCUCUCAUUUGGUUUCUUCAGCUGACGAAAAUGAAAAUCAACUUGACAACGAUGGGAAUGAAGUUUUGACCAGUAGUAGAAUUGCUAUGGGAAGACAGGAUGAAGGUGAGCAGGACAGCAUCAAUAAUAAUGAGAAUAUGGACAGUGGAGACUGUACCCCAGGCUGUAAGGAAAGUGAGACUGAGAGGAGAUCUGUGAAUGUCCAUAUGGACCCUCAGCUGGAGGAAAAGCCUAUCACAGAAAAACAGCCAGGUGGAAAAAGAAGUCCAAGAAGCAAAAGAAGCUCCAGUAAAAAAUCUAAAGGAGUUCCUUCAGUGGGAACCACAGCAAUCAAGGAGGAAAAUACUCUUGUUACACAUACAGAUUCUGUGCAUUCUGAAGGUGCUGUUGAAGCAAAUGAAAAUUCUCACCAAAAAGAACAAAAACAAACGUUGCAGUCCCUUUUCUCUUUGCUCCGUGAAGAGGUUGAGCAGAUGGAUUCAAAGACACUGCCCCUGUGUCUCCAUCAGAUAGCUGAGACCUAUUUUCAAGAGGAGGAAUAUGAGAAGGCAAUAAAGUUCAUUCAGCUUGAACGAUUGUAUCAUGAACAACUGCUUGCAAAUCUUUCUUCUAUACAGGAGCAGUGGGAAAGAAAAUGGAAAGCAGCAGUCUCUAGUCCAGAUAGAACAUUGAGGAAUUCAGCUAAAGAAUUGAGUAGUGAAGAGUUGGAAAAGCUUACUAAAGUUUGUUCUUCACAUCAACAGCCGCAGGCACCCAAAAAUAAGCCAGGAGUCGCAGAAAAUACAUCAGAAAGCAGUUGUUUGCUCAAGUUAAUAGGAUCAGAGCAUUUAAAGGAAAGAGAAGCUGCUGCUUUCAAAUCAGGUACUGAAACUUGUCCUGGCAACCGACCAAAGAAAGAAGAUCAACAGCCGAGCACCCGUCCUAGCGGUGAAAAGCAAACUGAGGAGCAGAAGGAGGCAGUGAGUCUUCUGGUAGCUGCAGGAAAGGACCACAUGGAGGAGCAGCACUGCAGUGCAGAAUCAGCACUGGAGCCACACACCCAGUCCACAGGGACAGUGGGCAGGCCUUCCCCGGGCUGUUUAUCAUCGGGGGAUGCUGGCAAAGAUAACAGUUUGCUGCUGAGAGAAAAGCAGAUCUCUAAGGAUGCGGAAAAAAUAGAAGAGACAGCUGGCAAACCCGAAGUGAGAUUCUCUCCCAGGCCAAUGGUAGACACCUUGGUUUUAACAGAUGCUGAUUAUAUGCCUGCUGAUUUGGUUUCUACUGAUAAAGAUGUACAAGCUGAUAAAAAUCUUCUCAGAUCAAAACUUGUUGCUAGCUCUUCAGAAAUCACUAGUGGCCACUUCGGAAACAGUGAUUUAAACCAGCAACAGAAACGGCCUAAUGAUGACGAUGAUGAAAAAUCUUCCCAGGACAGAACUGCUUCAAAUGUAUGCUCUGAAAGUAGUAAAGUAUCCGAGCAUGAGAGUACUGCCCAUUCACAAGUAUGCAAGGAAAUGCAGAGAGCAGCAGGACAGGAGGAAAAGGUAAAAAGUGAAGAACAAGAAGAUGUCUAUCUCAGAUUUUUAAAUGGCAACAUAAUAGACACUGAAGAAUCAUUUGCAAACUUAGCAAACCAAGAAGAAUUUAACACUGUCCCAGAUAUUUCACCUGAACGAGCAUCUUACAACUCACUGGAAGCUUUAUCACUGGAUGACAGCUUUUCUUCUCUUGAUGAACUUGCAAGAAGGAUAGAGAUUGCUGAGAUUGCCCCUGCAGAAGGAUUGGUGUCUAUACUAAAGAAGAGAGAUGACAGGGAUGGAAAAACAAUUGCCCAAGUCCAGCAAAGGCAAACAAAGAGAAGAGUCCGGUUCCAAGAAAUGGAAGACACUUUCGAUCAAGAUGAAGUAGCUGGCGGCUCCUGUAUUUUGCUGAUCCUGCUGUGCAUAGCAACCGUUUUCCUUAGCAUCGGAGGAACUGCACUGUACUGCACCUUUGGUGACAUGGAAUCCCCUGUGUGUAAAGACUUUGCAGCCAACAUGGAUUUCUAUUAUACCCAGAUACUGCAGCGUGUGGAAGAACUUAAGCACUGGAUUGCCUUCUCGUAGCUGAAAUAGACUGAGACAGCACACUGACAGCUCACCACUGGUUGCUGGAGAGGCUAUUAAAAAAAACUGUGAUUUCAAGUUCUUUGUAACACUUGCCACCUGCAGGUGAUGUGCAUUUGAUGAUGUACUUACACUGUUACUUAGAAAUUGAGAAAAAUUCCCUUUCAGCAAUCAGGUGGCAAACUGUUCACAUCUUAAGGCGUAGCAGUGUGGUAUGGGAGAAUAACAAGUUAUUCUCUACAUCCUUUUAAGAUUAGACAAGCAGCUUUUCAACAGCUUGAGCAACUGAAGAAGAAAGAAGAAAAUUAACUCUCUUCUAUAUGCUCUCCCAUUGCCACACAUUGUGUAAGCAAUCUCUGAAAGCUUAGUUAAAGAACAGCUCUGAUUUAAAACUGUUUGUGCAAAGGUGUUGCCUCCAACUAUCAUGCAAUAAGUCUGUGUUUUAUGAAAACAUCAUUUUUCUUCUAAGUCUUACUAUUUUUCUCCAUUUUAAUUCUCCCGAUGAGCCAUGUAAUAAUUUGCAUGGAGUGAGAAGAGUGCAGCAGCAUUCAUGGAGCCCCCAUUCAGUGAUAACAGGCCAACCUGCACCUUACAGCAUACGGGGAACGUCAUGUGUGGGAUAAAUCUGCUGGCAGAUUUCACAUUGUUUCCUGGAACUUUACUCCCAGUGUUGUUUUAGAAAGAGGAGGAUAAAAAAGAAAUAAUUGGUCUCACUAAAUGCAGAAAAAGGAGCAAGAUGUUCAGUAAAUUAUUCACAUUAAUAGCAGAGUGGCUUUGGCCAAUUUUAAAGCACCUGGUUGUAGGUGUCAGGCUAGCUGGGAUUUCUGUCCAGCUAUGUCACUGACUUACAGUAAUCACUUUGUGCCUCAGUUUCUCCUCCAUAAAUGGGGAAUAAUGAUCCUUGCCUUUGUCUGUGAAUACUUAUUGCAAUUAGGGCUCAUGUCUGAUUCCCUACACUCCGGAGGAGCACACGGGAUCGCUGGACUGUGUGGUUGCAGCCUCUCACCCAGUGAGUUCCUAAUGUACAGUGAAACUGAUCCAACAGGAGGUGCUCAGAGGCUUGCUGCAGACCCACAGCCUCUAGGUAGUCCAGGGCGCUUGUUCCAGCAGAUAAAGCACAUUUGCAUCUAUUUGCCCUCCAGUUCUGAGACUUGUAAAAUCUGCUCUCUUUUUCUACCAGCUCUACAAACAAAAUUUAAAUCAGUAAAAAGAGUCAUUUUAAAUGGCUGUUUCUAUCACCUGGUGCUCAGCCCUUCCUGGGUGGUGUAUGAGAAAGACACUGACGUGACGGUGAAGGUCAGAACUGGUGACGUAGGCCCUUGGUCUGCGCUGUGGUCCAAGCACAGCAGCUGUCCUGGCACAGAGCCUGUUGGCCUGGCCCUGCUGCAGGCCUUGUAUGAGACGAGUCCUUCACGCCUCAGGAAACAGCAGUUUGCAGGGGGUCCACUUCGCUCCACUCCAUGGUUUCCAGCUUACUAACGUACAAUGCAGCACCUUCAGGUCAAGCUUAUUUUGUAAACUACCACAAAGUGAAAUCCUCGAGGCAUCGCUCAGAGUUAUAACAUUAAACAAUCAUGCUUUCUGGCAUCUGCAAGCCAAUUGUUCCUCUACUAGCGAGCUUGAUUGUUCCUAAUGCUUUGUUAUGCUUAACGGGAUUUUAAAGCAUAAGUUAAAACCAUACUCUUCUGAAACAAACUGCACAUAUGAUUUCUUUUUCAGUUCUCACUGCUGAGGCUUACUUGAUACCUUAGGAAGCCUCGUGUGGCAGCUCUUCAUUAAACAGUAAAUUUAAAAUGCCCCAAUUAAUGACAACGUUUGUUUUCAGAAUGUAGCUUAAGAACAGUAGUUUGGUGUAUUUUCAGCUGGUUGCCUCAGAGCAACUAGCUGUUUGUUGUAAAGCUGGACUGAUCUACGGGAGAAAGGGAGAGAUGCUUUUGUAUUUUAAAGAGUUACUGGCUGGUUCAGUUUAUUAUUUUAAGUCCUGAUUUAUGUAUUUAUUUAGUUUUUAUUUUAAAGAAAAUCUUAAUUUUUUUCUUUUUUGGUAAUUUGCUCACAGAGUAAUUAAAAAGCAUGCAUUCACUUAAAAUAUAUAUUUAUAGUGAUUGUGUAGUUAGAAUAUAUUUUGCAUUUCUGUAACUUCACAUUGAGUGUUUCAGGAUAUUAAGUUUAUUUCUAAAAGACAACUGUUGAUUUUAGCUUAAAAAUCUGUUUAAGUUUUUGUGCACUUCCUCACCAAAAAAUCAAGAGGUAUAUAUAGAACUAUUUAUUCAAAGGUAUAUCAGAUAUGAAGAUCAAAGAUCUUCUAGGUUUGUUUAAUUAGAACUAUUUAAAAAUAAUUAUUUUAUUUAAAACGGUAGAGCUAUUUAAAGUCAAAGCAAUUUUUGAUAAGUAGUUCAGAGAAAAUCUGUGGUCUGAAUCCUGGCAUGGCAACUUUGUGUUGUGUUCCCUGUGCAGAGUCUCGCUUAUAUCAGCAGAACUGCCAAUGAGAAGAUCACGGAAAGGUAGGGCACCGCUUCACCUGCACACACCGGAGGAAGAAUGAGCAGCCAGGUGUUCCUUGUAGCCCAGCUGCCUUGUAUUUGCACUGCAGUGUGAGCAUCUCUGCAGCCUCCAGGCCUGUGCCCAGGUGCCACUGCUGCAGAAUCUCUCAGGAUCUGGGGGAGCAGAUGGGGCACACACGCAUGGGCUGCCAGGCUCCUCUUCUGAGCUGUUGCAACCAAGUGCUCGAGUCUGGAUCUGAUUUCUGUUGGCAUUCAUUUGUGAGAAGAUGAUGGCACUAAUUCUUGCUUUGCCUGACAAUUGUCAGUAUGGUUUGCGUGGUCUGCACUACAUUAUCAGACUUGUGGUGAUCAACCAUAAAAAAUGUGCUUUGUUUGAAAUCCAGAGAGCGUGCAGGUUGGCCAGGUGUUGGCUAUCCUGUGUAUUCUGUUCCCUUUUGAUUGCUGGUGGCAUUGCUUCCACCUGGGUGGCCCCAGGGGUCAGAACCUUGGUCAGGGAGAUCUAAGCUAAAAGGGGAUUUGAACAGUUAUCCUCAUCUGAGGAGUUUGUGGUCAAGUAAUACUGAGCAACAGCUAAGACUGUUAUAAGUAGGAAGAAAAGAGUAGAAGCUUUUUCCUUCCCUUUUGUGCAUUGUAAAGCCCUUUGCAUUUAAGUUUUCACUGGAUAGAUGGUUGUUCUGCUAGGCAGAAGGAGAAACAGACCACUGUAAAAGCAUUUGUAGUCAGUAGGAAAAUUCAGGGAACGGUUCAGUACAUGAUAUUAGUUAAAACUCAUUUCUAGAAAGAUGACUGGAUGUUGGGUUGAUCAUUUGCCUUCAAAGGUGAAAGCUGUGACCACUUACCACCCGCCGCACUCCAUCAGAAACCCCAUCUUCCAGUUUAUCCUCUCAGUGUAAUGAUUUUAGAGAGGUUCUUGCAAUAGAUCAAAACCAACAAGGCUUUCUGUGUAUUCAAUGCACAGAGCCAAAAAGAACUUUCUGAUGGUAUAAUUAGCACCCUCACCCCAAGCAACGUGAAGUACACCAGGAAGAGCGCUGUGCUGUAGCAUAGCUGUGCUGUACCACAGUCUGGUUCCAAGCAGUGUCAGUGAGGAAGCAUUUUCCACAGCCCAGAUAUGCCAGCAGACAUUUGCAAUCUAGACACAGCUCAUGUUUUAAAAUGUUUUUCUAAUAUUUUGCUUUCAUACUUGGAAAAUACAUAGUGCUGGUGGCACACUGUGGGAAGUAGUCUGACCAAAGGGGAGACUCCUGUUCAAGGAUUUCUGUGGGUAAAGAGCAAGCUUGAAAUAUCAAAAGAGUGGAGUAGGUCAGAAGUCCAAAUUCUUGUGUGAUUGCACUUGAUAACCAAAGGGGAUGCUACCCUCCCAGGAAAAUAUGUUUGCCUAUUUUGUACCAUAAUGUAAAGCCAAGACCAUCUGAAAGGACUAAUAACUAUUUGUAACAAAUUUAGCUUCUUUAGCAAAAGGAGUAAAUAACUGUGUUUGAAACCAUCACCCAAGCUUGUAAUUUAAAUACUGUAGCAAAAAAUAAAAUAAAAAGUGUCCCAAAG